AUGCCGAUAGGAAAACUUGAACCUUUCGACCUUAAUUCAAAGCAAUGGCCAGCUUAUAUUCGACGAGUUAAGCAAUAUAUUAUUUUGAACGAGAUAAAAGACGAACUACAAGUGCCGUUAUUAAUAACUGUCGUCGGAGAAACUACGUAUUCAUUAAUGUGUGGCCUAUGUUCACCAACAUACCCGGAAUCAAGAUCUUUUGUCGAUCUAGUCAAAUUGGUAUCAGAUCAUUUGCAACCACAACGAUUCGAAAUAGCAGAACGCCACGUGUUUCGUUUAAGAAGACAACGUGUCGGUGAGCCUUUGUCGGAAUACCUGCAGAAUUUAAAACAUCUGGCCACUACUUGUAAUUUCGGGACGAUGCUAGAAGAGAAUUUACGGGAUCAAUUUGUUUCGGGCUUGGUAAAUGAAGCAAUGCGUUCGAGAAUUUUCAGAGGCAGUGGAGCUGGCUCUGGCACUAGAGGCUGCAGAGAAGCACGCGGAGGUGAGCGGCGCAACGGCUGUGCCGACAUCGGUCUCCGGUGCAAGCGG